GUGGAAGGAGACGACAGGGGGGGAUCGAUUUUGGGUGUGAUUCCGCAGGCCGGGGCGAACGUCGCCGUUGGCUGGAUGAUUCCGUCACGACUCGCCAUGGUGGUGAGAGGAACAGGUGCGUGGAAAGUGGGUGAGAUGAGCGUGUGGGCGUCCUACCUGACGAGGAUAGACUGGUUCCACCCGUGAGCAGAAGACGUUGAGGGAACCCGCACGGAAACAUGCGGCAACUGGGCUGAAAAAGAGUGCGGAAGUGAAGGAAAGUGAGAAAUCCACAUUGCUCACCAGGGGGACAGCAGUCUGCGUUGGACAGAAGUCUGAGGCAUGAACGUGGGAAGAAGCCACCAGCACAGCUUCCUGUCCUGUGAAGAAGAAGGCCUGACACUGACCAGCAUGCCUGCCGUGGGCACAUUCGGGAAUGGAAAGAUCCACACCAGACGCCAAAGACAGAGCCGCUUCGUCAGCAAGACGGGGGGGUGCAACAUCCACUUCUCCAACAUGGACGACAAGUCCCAGCGCUACAUAUCGGACUUCUUCACCACGUGCGUGGACAUCCGCUGGCGCUACAUGUUCCUGCUCUUCAGUCUGGUGUUCGUGGUGUCCUGGCUCAUGUUCGGCCUGGCCUUCUGGGUGGUCGGCCUCCUGCACGGCGACAUGGACCGUCCCGCCGGCGACGAGGGCUUCGUGCCGUGCGUCACGCAGGUCAACACCUUCCUGGCCGCUUUCCUCUUCUCCAUCGAGACCCAGACCACCAUUGGCUAUGGCUCCCGGUGCGUGACGGAGGAAUGCCCCGUCGCCGUCUUCAUGGUGGUGUUCCAGUCCAUCGUAGGCUGCGUCAUCGACGCCUUCAUGAUCGGCGCCAUCAUGGCCAAGAUGGCGAGGCCUAAGAAGCGGGCGCAGACUCUGCUGUUCAGCCACAACGCGGUAAUCGCCAUGCGUGACGGCAAGUUGAGCCUCAUGUUUAGGGUGGCCAACCUGAGGAAAAGCCACAUCGUGGAGGCUCACGUCCGGGCCCAGAUGGUGAAGGCUCGUUACACGGAGGAGGGCGAGUACAUCCCUCUGGACCAGAUCGACAUGAACGUCGGCUACGACCGAGGCACCGACCGCCUCUUCCUGGUGGCGCCUCUCACCGUCAUCCACGAGAUCGACGAGGAAAGCCCGCUCUUCGGCAUCAGCAAGCAAGACCUGGAGACGUCCGACUUUGAGAUCGUGAUCAUCCUGGAAGGCCUGGUGGAAGCCACCGCCAUGACCACGCAGGCGCGCAGCUCCUACCUGUCCUCCGAGGUCCUCUGGGGCCACCGCUUUGAGCCCCUCAUCUUUGAGGACAGGGGCCAGUACAGGAUAGAUUACGCCUACUUCCACAAGACCUUCGAGGUGCCGUCCACGCCCAGGUGCAGCGCCAGGGACAUGGAGGGCGGGAAGUUCCCUGCCUCGGGCGCCAACUCCUUCUGCUACGAGAACGAGCUGGCCUUCAUCGGCAGGGACGAAGAGGACGAGGCGGACUUUGACGGCGCCGAAGACGGACAGUGUUCCACGGAGCUGCUGAACGAGCACGAGCUGAAAUCCAACGUAGAGUCGAAGAUCUAAAAUGUACUCCAGCUCCGCGAAAGACUAAAAACUACUCGUAAGAUCCUGGUCAUUAAUAUUGUGCAUGGCUGAUUAGGUUUGGCAUUCGCACGACCGCAUUGCCUCACGGUCACGGUCCGUAGGUCUGUUGCUUGUCUCUCCUCGCCGUGUUCCUAGUAGACAGAAACGUUUCACACUGGCCCAAAGACUUUGGAUGCACCGAGUGGGUCUGGAUGCACACUUUUGGACACACACGUUGGGCUUGUGCGGAGCCCUCGGUAUUGCGGCGGUACCUGAAACGUCAAAGGAGUUGCAGAUGGAGGACACUGUAAGAGCCGUGACGGUGAGCGAGCCGUUUGCAAGUGGAAACUCACAAGAAGCACCUUUUCAAGCUCCAUAAACAUGCCAUUUAGAGCACUGCUGCUAGGAUUUACCUCAAGCAGGGUAUUCCCCCGACUACAGAGCGCACCGGUAUAUAAGCCGCACCCACUCAUUUUUAAGAAAAAAUAAUAAAAGUGUCCAUAUAUUAGCCGCACCGGACUAUAAGUCAUACUUGCCAACCCUCCCGAUUUUUCCGGGAGACUCCCGAAAUUCAGCGCCUCUCCCGAAAACCUCCCGGGACAAAUAUUCUCCUGAAAAUCUCCCGAUUUUCAGCCGGAGCUGGAGGCCACGCCCCAGGCCCGGCCCUAACCAAUCUGGCGCCCUAGGCAAGAUUUUAGGUGGCGCCCCCCCCACAUCGGCAGUGAAGUGCAUAUACUCACAAGAAACCGAAUAGCUUUGUCUUUGACCUUUUUUUACUUACAACUAUACCUAAUAUAUAAAAGGGUGGAAAAGUGACUAUUACCUGCAGGGCAAACAUUAGCUAACCAGAAGGCAAUAACAAUGUAAACAAAAAACACCUGCUUAAAAGAUCUAUUACAAAUGUCCCUAAGGAAUGUAAGGUGGGAGUACUGUAAUUACCUAACGUUACAUUAUUAUUUUCCAUAACAAUUUAGCCCCCUCCACAAAAUUAACCCGACUUUAAAACAGAACUAGCUAUUUAUUGAUUAGCAAUUGCCAAAUCAUGUAACAUUAGCUUAAUG